ACCAGCGCACCAGUUGCCACAGUGCCGAGCGCGGCGUUAGAUGCAGAAGUUAGACGAAGCGAUCGACAACACAUUCCAAGCCGGCAGCGCACACGUUUUGACGACGUCUGCAACGACAAAACGAUAACACACACGCGGCCCCUGUUCGAGUUGGUUCCGAACAGCACUUUUUUCGAUGAGCUGCAGCAGUUCAUCAUUUCGUUGUUUACAUUUCCACCACCAGCCCUAGAUGAUAAGAAGAAUCGGGCAAGGCAAAUAGGACGAGAUUCGAACAGCGAUCGUCACGGUUCCACAGUGUGUCCCCGUGCGUACAAAUAAUAUGUAGCACGGUGCUGUUUGCGUAUCAGUGAGAAAAGACAAAUAUUUGAGUGUUAAAAAGAAGUGCAACUGAUUAGUGAGCGGCUGUGGCUGUGCGUGAACCCAUGUCGUCGAUUUGUUAUCGGAGUCCAUUGCUCUGGGUCCUACUAUCGCCUUUAUCGCAUCAUCGUUGUGCCAGUGUGUUUUAAAAAGUUGACAAACGUCCACAAAGCACUGUGAAGAACGUCUUCUGCAGGCAUAAUUCUGGACCGUCGUGUGAUUGAUUUCCCCAAGUUGUGAACCUCAAGCAAGCUCAACUAUUCCUUAACUCCUUUCCAUCGUUACCGUAUAUCACCUUGGAUUGAUCAUACAAUGAGCGUCUUCACCUAUCGCCUGCUUGCAUUAACCGUGGUGUACUUUACCUGCCUCAAGGUUGGCCAAAUGCUGUUUCAAACACUGGGCAGCGGUGACGUAGAAAAUUAAAUAAAAAAAUAUUAUCCCUCAAGGACGAAGUGACCGGAAACACACACACACACAAACGUGAGAUUGCAAAAUGAAUGCGAGUGAAAUUGCGGUAUCGCAACCCAAGUAAUGCACGUCAGUGAGAACCAGGCAUUAGGGUUGAAGAAGGUUAAACCUCGUAACGCGUCGAGAACCUGAACGGCAGCCUCGGAUCUAAAAGGGGGAGAAACAGUUCGAAGCAAUGUUGUGGAAAAGGUGUACCAAAAGUGUGACAAAGUUUACUACGUGAAGACGAACCGGUGUGGUGUGAAAAGUUCCUUACGCAAUAAACGAUCAAGAAUCUCAUCAACCUUUAAGACUUGAGCUCCGCUUAAUGUUGCGGCCCGUGUUUAGUGUAUAAAACUCAUAACCAACUGCUCUGCACCCAUUCCGCUGGAUGCCAUGGACGAACUCAUGAACGGAACCCUUCAACGUCUGCCAUUCGACGAGGAUGGACGAUGGAGCAAUGCCACUUCCGUUUUGACAACGAUCGGAACGUCCGCGGAGGUGCGGGAUGAUAGUGACUUCCCGGACGAAACCAGCAGAUUUUCCCGCCCACUGCUCACAUUUGCUGCCGUUACCACUAUAACGAUUAUGAUAACAGGAAUUGUUGGCAAUCUGCUUACCAUAGUCGCACUGCUUAAAUGUCCCAAGGUGCGAAACGUUGCAGCAGCCUUCAUUAUCAGCCUAUGUAUCGCGGACUGUCUGUUUUGCAUAAUCGUCCUGCCAUUCAACGCGUUGCGCUUCAUCCAGGGCACGUGGAACCACGGCGAAACCCUCUGCACGCUGAUAACGUUUAUGCAAUAUGGUAGCGUCGGUGUGUCGCUGCUUUGCAUCACGAUGAUCAGCAUAAACCGCUACAUCAUGAUCGCACACUACAGCAUUUAUCCGAAGGUGUACAAAACGUCUUGGAUUAUAGUGAUGAUCAUUGCCUGCUGGUUGUUUUCCUACGGCUUCCAACUGCCAACACUAUUCGGAGUUUGGGGAAAAUUCGGAUACAACCAUCAGUUGGGCACCUGCUCUAUCCUGCCAGACGACGAAGGACGUAGCAGUAAAACGGCCAUGUUCAUCAUUGCCUUCAUCAUUCCGUGCAUUAUUAUCGUGAUAUGCUACAGUCGCAUCUUUUGCGUCGUACACAAAUCGGACAAGCGAAUGAAAAACCAUUCCAAAUCACAGUGCAACAUUCCAAACAAUCUGCGAUCGGCAGUUGAUCCGGCAUCACCACUAUCGGCCGGUAGCUCCAGUUCGGCCAAUAAUAACUCCAUUAGCUACACGGCGAGUUCAUCUGCGGUGAAGGUGGCUGGUACCCGAAGUGCCGCCGAUGCCCGGGAUGCAAAGGCCAGACGUAACGAGUGGCGUAUCACGAAGAUGGUUCUGGCCAUUUUUCUUUCGUUUGUGUGUUGCUAUCUGCCGAUAACCAUUUCCAAAAUUGUGGAUAAAAAUGUAUCGUAUCCAGUGCUGCAUAUCAUUGGCUAUAUUAUGUUGUACCUUUCUGCGUGCAUGAAUCCCAUCAUCUACGUGAUCAUGAACAAGCAGUAUCGGCAAGCGUACAAAACCGUGAUCUUCUGCAAACCCUCGCGGUUGCUCGGUUUUGGCGGUAGCAGCGUUGGAGAAAUGGAAAGACAUAGGGUACAGUUACAACCACAGUCGUACCAUGGUGUCCCAAGUUUCAAUAGCCGAACCAGAGUCGCCCCCAUCCAGCCGGCUUCGCCAAGAUUCGCCGCACCCACAACAUUUAGUCGCCAUUCAAGAUAGUUAGAAGAUAAGAUUCCUGGACACUGCACACCCCAUACGUGGACUGAAAAGCAUUAUCUUUCUACGAAUAAUAAGUAGCAGUACUCGGCGAAGCACCAAAACCACAGCGGACUUUAAUUAAACACUGAUAAGCUAGUUGCUGCUGGCCUAGCGGAGACGUUGUCAAUCCUGUGCAGCUACGCCAUCGUCAUGUUUAGUAUCACCAUCAUUUAUGACACCAAAACGACUCCCAACCAACCCAAGUCAUAAUAUUCACGAUGCCAAAUUAGAUUUAAAAUGUCUGCAGCCGUGGCGUAAACCAACGAAUUUCGAAGACAAGCUUUGUUAUUAGCAUGUAAGUUAAGCAAACCUAGAAUAUUACUUUAAUGGACUGUGCUGCUUGUAACGCACUACCUUUGAAGGACGCGAUAAGUAUCCAAUGCAAGCUUCAAAGAUGCGACACCAAACAAGAAGUAGAAUUACUGCAGGAGUUACAGCCGAAAAUUACAUUUACCGUAACCCGUACAACAGAUUCUUGUUAUUGGUAGCCAAUUAGUUAGGUAAGGUUAAAUUAUUCACCUUUAGUUCGGAUGCUUUACUAUUCCAACAACGACUACAUCCUACUUCGACUUUCUCUCUACUGUACAAAUGAAAACAAAGUAAAUAAAGACAGCU